CAAGGAGUUUGAGGUCCUUUGCCAGGGGAAAGGGGCUUUUUUAACCCUUCCUCUCACAACAAUCCCCAUAAAGAGGAAAGAAGAAAAAGAAUCACAUAUUAUCAUCAAUCACUACUCAAAGUUCUCAGAGGCCUCAAAUGGGUGCCCUUAAAGUUACAGUUCUCUAUUUGAUUCUACUGCUAACAACCAAGGUCAUUUCCAAGGAGGAAGAAUGGAUGUCAGCUACUGCAACAUAUACCAAAGAAGCAGACGAAUCAAUCAUCAGAGGAGGAGCUUGUGGUUAUGGGGAUAUUCACAAGGCGAGCUAUGGGAAGUACAGUGCUGGACUUAGUACCAAGUUAUUCAACAAAGGGAGUACCUGUGGAGGUUGCUUUGAACUCAGAUGUGUUGACCACAUCUUGUGGUGUCUCCAAGGGAGCCCCUCUGUCAUCCUCACUGCCACAGAUUUCUGUCCACCGAAUUACGGGCUUUCAGCGGAUUACGGUGGCUGGUGCAAUUUUCCCAAGGAACACUUUGAGAUGUCUGAGGCAGCGUUUGCUGAAAUUGCAGAGAGAAAAGCAGACACUGUGCCGGUUCAGUAUAAGAGGGUAAAGUGUGAAAGAAGGGGUGGGAUAAGAUUCACAAUGAGUGGGAGCGCUCACUUCUGUCAGGUCCUGAUUACCAAUGUGGGAUUGGAUGGUGAAGUAGUAGGAGUGAAAGUGAAGGGCCCCAAAACAGGGUGGAUACCCAUGGCGAGAAACUGGGGACAAAACUGGCAGUGCAAUAUCAACCUUAUCGGACAGCCACUUUCUUUUGAGGUAACUGCCAGUAGCGGCAGGACACUUGCAUCUUACAGUGUUGCUCCAGCAAAUUGGCAGUUUGGUCAGACGUAUGAAGGAAAACAGUUCAAGUAAUGAAACGAUCUUUGAGAUUUUUAUAUAGGGAAAGAUGGCGUAGAUAACUUCCCCUAUCAGCCAUUGCUGAAAACUUUAAGAUCUAUAUUGAAGAGGUGUUCAAGUUCGCACUAACAAGAUAGUGUGAAAGCGAGAACAUCUCCAGAUUUGCCAUUGAAGCGGCAUAAUAGUCAAAAGAGAAGAAAAAGUGUAGAAAAAGGUUGAAGAAACAGGAAUAGAAGGUCCCAGUUUUGUCACUUUAUAAUAUAGUUGCUAGAGAGCAUAAUUUUCUAUGCAAUGUAUGAUUAUUUAAAAGCAACGUUAUAUAUAAA